CGAGACCAUGCCUGGAGGAGAAACAACAAGAAGUAGAAGUAAAGAGGUCCUUAAAAGCUGAUACAGAUUUUUAGUCUGUGUCAUGGCAGAAGAAGCUGAUAAAGAAGUAGAUAAUGAGGUAAAAGAGGAAUUAUCACAAAAAAGCAUCGAUGAGAAAAAGAUUGCCACAGCUGUGAAAUUUUUGCAGAAUCCAAAUGUCAGAAAAACAACUUUCGAGAAUCGGCUUUCUUUCUUGAAAAGAAAAGGACUGACUGAAAAAGAAAUUGAAAUAGCAGUUGGCAGGUCUGGUACUAAAGAUGACAAGGAUGUAAAGUAUACCACAGAAAUCACAAGGAGUGAACCACCAAAAAAUGAUGCAGCACCAAUAUCCACAGUUCCAUAUACACAACCUACAUCUAGCAGUUUUGCAAGUCAGCUAUCAUCUGUUGUGAUUGGUGGAGGCAUACUUUAUGCAGCUGCGUAUGCCAUCAGAGUAUAUGUUGUUCCAUAUUUCUUGGGUAAAGAAAUUCAAGAGACUGAGUCACUAGAAGAAAAUAUUAAACAGUUGACUAAAGGAGUCAAUGAGCUCAGUUCUAUAAUGAAGAGUACAUUUACAACAUUAGAGGAAAAUCUUAAAAACCAACAAGCUACGCUGGCAGAAGUCAGUGCAGAGCUUGCUGUUUCAAAGAAAAGGCUGGACCUUCUGCCUUCAGAUAUCACAAGUUUAUCAGAUGUGAAAUCAGAGAUCAGUUCUGUUAAAAGCCUUCUUCUUAGUCGCUCGCAAUUUCCUGGUGCACCGUUCGCCCCUGCCUCGACGUCCCCCUCGAUUCCAGCGUGGCAGAAAGUUUCGAGGAAAGAAAAGACUGAAGAUGCAAGGGAUCAGUCUGCAGAAACAAAACCUACUGAUAACCCAGACAAAGAAAAACAAGAAAAGGAAGAAAGCCAAGAGGCUGAUUCAGCUCAAUGAUCUUGCUUGACUGUGUGUGUUUGGUAGGCUUAUUUGCAAGCUUUUCAUAAGCAAAGAAGUAGUAGCAUUGCCAUAUUAUUAAAUGAUACUCCGUAAUGCAAAAAAUGGUUUUUGAAAGGUAAUGAACCUUACCCUAGAAAGGACCGAUAAAUAUGUUUAUAUCGUUGCCUCAAUGAAAUUUUGACUAUGAUAAAGUCUGAAAAAAGUAUGGAUCAACUUUUUUCAUCACCUAGUUUUUGUGGUGUGCAGCAUAAAUCUGUCAGGUUCUGCUGAACCUAUGACACAUUUGAUUUCGUAGGUGGGUUUUGAAAAUUCUUGUCUGAGUCAAAUGUGUAAAACUAAAUAUUGCAUGAAAAGGUUAUGUAUGAUAAACUUUAAAAUACAAGUGAAUGUUGAUGAUUAUCAUAGUUUUGAUUGAUUUAGAUCUCUUCUUUACCAGACGAAUUUAUGACAUCUAUAUGAAUUUCCACGAUAGCCUCUCCCACACAUUCUAGCAGAGAGUAUUUUGGAAGGUUGGAUGUUCGUUUACUGUGAAUGUUGUUUUAAUUAUAUGCAAAUAGUAUUAUUCUUCUGUGAAUGGAGACAUUUCCUGUCUUCAAAAGAAUGUAUAAAUGAAGAGUUUAAAUGUGA